AUGAAUGUGUACAUUUCUAUAAGUUUUGGUUGUGGUUCUGUCUGUCCUAAAUUACUGUUUGUCUUUGUGUUUGCUCAUAAUCGGUUAUUGGCACUACAGGACAGAGAUCUAAGGCAAGAAGAAAUUGAAGAGCUGAAGGAAGCCUUCAAGGAGUUUGACAGGGAUAAAGAUGGCUUCAUCAGCUGUAAAGAUUUGGGCGAGUGCAUGAGGACAAUGGGCUACAUGCCUACAGAGAUGGAACUGAUUGAGCUCAGUCAGCAGAUUUGUGGAGGCCGAGUGGACUUUGAUGAUUUUGUGGAACUAAUGGGGCCUAAAAUGUUGGCUGAGACAGCAGAUAUGAUUGGAGUCAAGGAACUGAGAGAUGCUUUUAGAGAGUUUGAUUCUAAUGGUGAUGGUCAGAUUAGUCUGGCAGAGUUGAGGGAGGCCAUGAAGAAACUAAUGGGUCAGCAGCUGAACCAAAAAGAGAUUGAUGAGAUCCUCAGAGACGUCGACCUGAAUGGAGAUGGCUUAGUCGAUUUUGAGGAAUUUGUGCGGAUGAUGUCUCGCUAA